AUGUCUGAAGGUGGCUCUGUGUUAAUCGGCUCGUCUGUCAGUACGGAUGUUUACCUUGCCUCCAAUUGCCCAAACACAUCUUACAGUACCUCAAGCUUACUUUUUGAUACAUGUUCCCACACCCGAGAUGGCGGCCACGCAUGGUCAUUAAUUGGAUUCGGUAUUCCAAGUACUGCUACGAGCCUGAUCGGUGCGUCGCUGGCGAUCUACAUGUACAACACGGGCUCACCCAGCAUUCUUCACGAAAUGAUAGUUGUUUGGGACGCUUCGUCGACGUUCCCAGGUUUUGGGAUGACGGGCGCUGGAAAGGGCAGCACAGGAGUGUGGAUUUCGACCGCCGUGCCAUGUGUGCCGGGCAGCGGCACACCGCUUGCUUUAUUUGCGACACUCCUCCUCCUCCUCAUCCUCCUCUUCCUCCUCCUCCUCCUCCAGCUUGCAAAAGCGGCAAUCCAGUGCAUCCCGAGCCCACCGGAGGUGACGGUGUAG